ACUACCGUGCCAUGUGAAAACACUUUAAGGAACAAAAUAAUGAAAAGAGCAAAAAGACAGACUGAAGUUCUGCCAGAUAAUAGUCAAUGGGUCAAAGGACAUCUCUCUACUGUCUGAGAUGCCAAAAAUUGAGAUUAAAAUAUAGAGCACCCCCAAUAGUGUAGUCGGAACGUGCAAUACAAUAAAGGGUAAGCAGGCAUCGUAUGACCUUUCACCCCACAGCACGAGUCACCUUUCACCCCUUGCUGCUCCAGACAGACGCUUGCAGGAGGAUUGUGCGGAGGUAAUAAUCAACUGGAAGCAGAUAUGGCAGAGGGAGGUAAUUGGUCUCCUACUGCUGUUUCCCAAGACUUCCAUGAUCUGUCUCCUACUGGAGUUUCAUGCGACAGGGUUGCAAGCGAAGACAAAGAGCAGCCCACAGCCAGCACAACCAGUCAACUGGAGACAAAGACUGGUGAUAAACCCUACAUGUGUGGGCAGUGUGGGUACAGGGCAGCUAAGAAGUCUCAUUUAGCCGAACAUAUGAGAACUCAUACUGGUGAAAAACCCUACAAGUGUGACCAGUGUGACUAUUCUGCAUCAAAGAAAUGCAAUUUGGAUUAUCAUUCAGCCAAGCACACUGGUGAUAAGCUCUACAUGUGUGUGGAGUGUGGGUACAGGACAGCUCGAAAGCCUGACUUAAUGAAACAUAUGAGAAGUCAUACAGGUGAAAAACCCUACAAGUGUGACCAGUGCGACUAUUCUACAGCACGUAAGUCCACAUUGUGCCAACAUAAAGCCAGUCACACUGGCGAUAAGCCCUACAUGUGUGGGCAGUGUGGGUACAGGACAGUUUACAAGUCUUACUUAUCCCAACAUAUGAGAACUCAUACCGGUGAAAAACCCUACAAAUGUGACCAGUGUGACUAUUCUGCUGCACAUAAAUCCAACUUGGACAAACAUUUAUCCAAGCACACUGGUGAUAAACCCUACAUGUGUGGGGAAUGUGGGUACAGGACAGGUCGGAGGUCUGACUUGUCGCGACACAUGAGAACUCAUACAGGUGAAAGAAACUACAAGUGUGACCAGUGUGACUAUUCUACUGCACAUAAAGUCAGUUUGGUCAAUCAUCAAGCAAAGCACACUGGUGAUAAGCCCUACAUGUGUGGGGAGUGUGGCUAUAGGACAACUCUUAAGUAUACCUUAACCCGACAUAUGAGAACUCAUACUGGUGAAAAACCCUACAAGUGUAACCAGUGUGACUAUUCUGCAGCAAAGAAAUACCAUUUGGAGCAUGUGUAAACCAUCGAGAAACACAACACUGUAUGUUUGAGAAAUAUAUUCAGGACAUCUUAAGACAACACCUUUAUCCAAACUUAUAUCGGGACAGGCAGUGUACCAGUGUUGUAUGUUAUCUGGCUGUAGUAAGGACUAAUGGAAACUUGAAGGCAUAGGUGCUGGAAAAACUCUACAAGACAAGUCAUGUACUAGUAGCUGAAAUAUAUGUAAAUGCAGGAAGAACACUACGCGUGUCCUAUUCUAAUACAUGUACAUGAGAACAAGUCAUCUCACAGUUACGAGCGUGUAUAUACUCUGGUGAUGUGUUCUAUGGUCAGUUAUAUUCCUUUUUCUGUUGAAGUUCUGUAAAAGAAUAUAACUAUUGUGUGAAAAUUGGGAAGUUUAAUAAAAGCACAAAUCCGAUUC